UGUUGAAAUACCUAGCCAUUGUGUCAAAUAAUGUCAGUACUCUAUAGAUCACUCAAGCUUCAGUGCCUUAAUCGAAUUGUAGGCACUAAAACUUUUCACGCCAAUUUUAGAAGAUUAUCAGAGAAGUCCUGCUUUAAGAUGAGUACGAAGGACAGUCUAUUCCAUAAUAUUGGCGAACGGUGUGACACGAGCAUCAAUAAAGUAACAGUUGUUGGAUCUGGGGAUGUCGGUAUGGCUUGCGUGUUCAGUGUAUUAGCACAGGGAAUUUCUAACGAAGUAGCUCUCGUAGAUGUCAACGAAAAUAAGCUUAAAGGAGAAUUGUACGACCUCCAACACGGGUGUCUGUUUCUGAAUGCCAGAAUUAAAGCUAGUUCUGAUUAUGCUGUUACUGCCAACUCGCAAGUUUGCGUCAUUACAGCUGGUGUGAGACAAAAGGAAGGUGAAAGCCGUUUAGAUCUAGUCCAAAGGAAUACGGAUGUGUUGAAAAGUAUAGUUCCAAACCUUAUAAAGCAUUCUCCGGAUACCGUCCUUAUUGUUGUUAGUAAUCCUUGUGAUAUUUUGACGUGGGUUACAUGGAAGUUGAGUGGUUUACCGAAAAGCAAAGUUAUGGGAUCUGGUACUACACUUGACUCGUCAAGGUUUCGAUUUUUUAUUGGCGAGAAGCUUGGCGUAUCGCCCGACAGUGUGCAUGCUUGGAUUAUUGGAGAGCAUGGAGAUUCUAGUGUUGCUGUUUGGUCUAGUGUUAACGUCGCCGGCACACGUCUCAAAGAUAUCAAUCCCAAGGUGGGCACAGAAACUGACCCAGAAAAUUGGAGAGCAAUUCACAAGCAAGUGAUUCAAAGUGCUUACGAAGUGAUCAAACUAAAGGGAUUUACCAAUUGGGGAAUUGGUCUGAGCCCGCAAUAA